AAUUUCAUAUAGGAACACCAACAAACGCCAUGUUUAUUUCUUUACCGUCAAUUCGUUGCCGCGUUUCCAGUUUCUGUGAAAACGCAGUGAGCAGUUGGGAAUAGCAAGAAUACAUUAAGCAUAACAUCGGCGUUCAUUGAAAAUGGGCAAAAAAGUAAGAGAAUACAAAUCUGGCGACUUUAUCUUCGCUAAAGUAAAAGGAUAUCCAGCAUGGCCAGCCAGGGUGCAGAAAGCAAAUGGGAAGAAAUACUUUGUAUAUUUCUAUGGAACGGGAGAAACAGCAAAUCUCUCCCCGGCCAUGAUAUUUGACUAUGCAGAGAACAAAGAUAAGUUUCUGACUAAGAACGUGAAGCGACGAGACUUCAACGAUGGAGUGAAGCAGAUUGAACAUGACUUCGCUAACAAUGUGCCGCUUGAGCAAGUUAUAGGAGUUCCUAUGGAGGUACCACCAGCUGAAUCUUCAACAAACGACUCUGCAAAUGACUCCACGACAAAUGACACCAUGGAUGACACCGCGGCUGACACCACCGCGGCCGACGAUACAAUGGCUGAAGACACUACCCUCAAUGCAACUCAGAAUGACACAGCAGUUGAAGACUCAGAUGACACCGGAAACUUGGUCAUAGAUGAAGGCAAGCAAAAACAAACAAAAAAAGGUAAAACCGAGGUUAAACCUAAAGAAACCCCGUCCAAGCCUGCUAAAGAGCCCAAAACUCCUCGCAGCAAGGCCAAGAAAGAUGAGCCGGGUAAGGAAGAUGAUGACGAGAAGAAGGACGAAGAGAUUGUCAGCAGAAGUGGACGGAAGAUACGACCAAAGAGAUACAUAGACGAACAAACGGAAGACAAUAUGACGCUACCCUCCCCCGCGCCGAAGAAGCGUCGCGGCGCCUCCCCUCCCCCGGACAAGGAGAAAGAGAAAACUGAACAGAAAGAUAAACAGCCAGAGAAGAAUGUUAAACAGUUUAAUGCUGUUUCACAGUCAGAACUAGAAGAUUUAAAAGAGCCGUUUAAACCAGAGGAUGCAGAAAAAGAGAAUAUACUAAUAGCUUACCUGCCUUCCGGACAGUACAUAGGCAUCAAACUAUUCCAGUCUAGACCGAACAGCUUUAAAAACGAAGCUUCCAGACUCCAGUGGGAUAAACAGGCCGCUUCUAACGCGUUGACACUCAAAUUACAACUAGAAAAAGGUCACAUAACAACUCAAUCAGUAUUAGCUCAGCUGGUAACCGACCUGAACCUCACAGACGAAGAGAAGGCUACACUUGAUAAGGAGAGAGAAACAGAGGAGAAGAAGUCUCGCGUACAAUUCCUGAAGACUGAGAUGAAGCUGAUUGAGCUGGACGCUAAGAUCAAAACGUGCCUUUCUUUAGACAAGGCAGAUACUGAUAUGUGCCUCAAACUGUUGGAUGAGUUAAUUGAACUAGACAUAAAGCCUCUGAUGCUGCUAAAGCACCCGACGUGCCUGGAGACCAUCAAGCGCAUGCGAGCGUAUGUCGGCAACACUCCCUCCUGGGAGCUGUCCGAGAGCGCAGCGCUGGUCUUCACCAAGCAGGCGCAUAAGAUCCGCAAGCAGGCAGACUCACUCUAUAAGAAGAUGAAGGACCUAUUCAUGCCAUUAGAAGGACUAUCGUUCUGGGAGUAUUUCACAAACCGCGUGCUCAAAUUCAAGAAAGUAACAUCUAAUUUAAGCGCUGAUGAACUGCUUGAAAUGAUUCAUGAACCUUUGGAGAUGUCACUACCCACAAUGCACUCGAUGAAAGAAGCAGUUGACGCUGCCAAUGAGGCUGAACAGCUCGAGAUCACACAGCCAGAGAACGAUGACAAAGCUAAAAAGAAAUCUACACCAGCAAAAACAAAGAAAACAGCCAACAGCACACCAAAACAGCCCGUCAAACGUCAAUCUUCUAGAAAAUUACAACAAGAAGAGAAAGACAAAGAACCAGAGACAGAAGCACAAACAGAAACAACACCAGAAGAAGAAGAAUUAGCACCAAAACCCACAGAAAAUGAAGAAACAACAGAGGAACAGAACGAAAGCCGGGAAAAAACGCCAGAAACUGGCUCUGGGGAGCCAGAAAAACCCAGUGAAAGUCCAACAGAAGACACAGAACCGUCUAAAGAAGAGAAUGGAGAAGUGGAGAAGAAUGACACGGAGAAGAAUGUGGAGAAUGAAGCGGAGAAAGUAGAGAAGGUUAAGGAAAAGGAGGAAGUUGGAGAACCUAGGGCGAAACGAUCGAGAGAGAGCAAGAAGACUGAACCUCCGCCACCCAGAUCUCCAGCAAAGAGAAAGUCAAAAUUUUAAAUGAUUUUUGUUUUUAAAUAAAACAUUGGACUUUUAUUUUUUUUGUACGAAACGGCCGCGCGGUGCGGUCUUGUUAUUGUUUGUGGGUGCAUUUUUAUAUUGUACUAUGCUAUAGUGCUGUUUCACCCACGUCUUGGGUGAACUUCUUCCCGUACCCGGACAAAAUAUAGCCUAUUCGGGAUAUCUAGAGAGACUUACUCAAGGAUAGCUUAUCAACACUGAAAGAAUUUUUGAAAUCGAUUCUGUAAUUUCGGAACCUUUGCGGUACAAAGAAUGUGCAAUGGUAUCUAAUCUUAACUAAUAUUAUAUAAAAUGAUAAAUUUCGAUAAUUCUGUAGUCUCUUGAAGAAUCUGUAAAAUUAACGUAAUUACAUAUUGUUUUUGUUAAAUAUCUUCUCGUAUACCCAUUUAAUAGCUGCCUAGGAGCCUUAAAACACUUAAUUAAAAAAAGUAAUAAAAAAUAAACAUACAGAGGCUAGUUUUCAGUAAAUCUAGUAGUAGAUAAAUUACUCAUAAUAGUUAUAAACAAAGUACAAUAAAAAAACGCACCCACAAACUGAAUAGUGGUAAACCCGCAAAUUAUUAUGUAAAAAUUUAGCGUAUAAACAAGUUUCUAUGAAAUAUUCGAAAUAAUCAUAAAUACGUAUGAAUAACAAGCAUUAUUUGUACGAAAAUGUCUUCUAAACAUUACGUUGGUACAUAGUUUAUGUAGCAUUUUUUUUAUAUUUUCGUUCACCGUUUUAAAAUUGAGUUGCUGAUCUCUAUGUGUAGUUGACAGCUGUCAGUUUUCAAUGGAAAACAACUUUUUUUUUUUGGUAUUAACUUUCUUACAGCAACUGUCAACUGCACAGAAACACGGUCAGACGCAUACAUAAUUUUGUGCAAUGUAUUGUAUACUUCAACUAAAUAGUAGUAAUAUUAUAUCUAUAGUGUUAUAAAAAUCCAAGACAGAUUUUAGAAAAGGUUUGAUUUUAAAAUAGAAUGGUUAAAUAAAUUCUUAUUUUAUAUAAUAUGUCUGCAUGUGUAACGAUCCAUAAUUACAGUGAUUGUCUUUUUUUAAUGUCAAUAUCUUGAUCUCUCCGACUCUGUAACACCAUUUAGUUAUAACGAUAACCGAACCAUUUUCAGAUGUCAAAUCGCUGAUUUGACCAAUGGGCGGCAAGUAUACGGCUGGCUAUGGUUUGGUUAUUCGUUAUAGUUAAAUGGUGCAAGAUAAGAUAAGAUCUGUAUCUUACUUUUUUAAUGGAAAAUUACUCAGAUAUUGUGAAAAUUACAGUUUUUCUUCUUAUACUUACUUUUCUAUGGAACUGCUUAUGUAGCCCAAAGUAUCUCGUAAAAAUUUAAUCUGAUUACACUAGACUUUUAGAAGUAUGAUGAAUGAGCGUUAAUCACCAUACGCGCGAAAGCGGAUUAUAUCAAACUUUAAAUCCAGGUUUCGUCAAAAUGUUUUUUUACCUUCACACAGUCUGAAACUUCAUUAGAACUAUUUUUUAAAUUACAAGAAAAUUAGUUUAGUAUCAAAAGAACAUUUUAAUUAAUAGGUAUUAUAGUUUUUCUUAUCCAGCACAGAUUGAGAACGUUUAAAAGCGUGUAGUAAGAUGUUUUCAAAAUAUUACAACUUUUGUUAUUUCAUGUUCGGAAACAACUGAAUAAAAAAGUUAAUAAAGUACAUUUUUUUAUUGUAUUAGACGUAUAUUAGAGAUAAAUGUUAGCUAUAAUUUACAUUGUAAAUAUUUACAAUAAACAUACCUGCGUAUAUGAA